UUGAAGAACUAUCUAAAACUUCAUGUGAAGCAAGUCCAUGAGCAAAAUGAGCGGAAACACGUCUGCCGUUUUUGUGGCAAAAGUUUCGCCUAUGCUGGAAGUCUACAGGUCCAUGUAAGAACGCAUACCGGAGAGCGACCAUAUCGUUGUAGUUACUGUCCGAAAGCAUUUGCCAGUCAAGGAAAUCUGCAAUCGCACGAAAGGACGCAUACUGGUGAGCGGCCAUACACUUGUGGCACUUGUGGGCGGAGCUUCAUUCAGAAAUCUCAACUCACCGCUCAUGAAGCCACCCAUGCGUCGAUUUUGUCCGAGACGCCGUCGUCGCAGCACAACUCGUCCGCUGCCGCCGUCACUGUUAGCACAGUCCCUGGAACCACGCCCACCUUGGGAGGUCUCGAGAAGAAAUUGCCAACAACGCCGACGUCAGCCGACUACAUGUGCAAGUUCUGCGGCAAGCGAUACGCCUACGCAAGCAGCUUGUACGUGCACACCAGACUACAUACGGGAGAACGACCGUUUAGAUGCCAAUUCUGCGAUAAGACGUUCACCAAUCAAGGCAAUAUGCAAGUUCAUCAGCGAGUGCAUACUGGCGAAAAACCGUGA